AUGUCAGACGCAGAGUUAGGAGAUAAUCAACGUAUGGAUGAAAGCACUGAGGAGACGCCAAGCGUAAUUGAGCCAAUUAUCCAAAUUACUGAGAAUCCGUCCCAAGCGCACUUCAGUGGAGAAAAUACACCGCAGUUCCCUAAUGCGACUUCCAUUCACCAACAAGAAAUUAAACACACUGUAGCCGAGAGGGGACCUGCAAUAGGCGAACUCACAGAGACUCAGAAGUUCCAAAUAAAUAAACUGGACUUCAAGGUAAAGUCAUUUAAUGAUAUUUAUCAAGAAUUGUUGCAGUCAGCCGAGAACAUUAGCGGUCUCACAGUUGAGGAGUUGGACGGCCAGGAGAAAAUCAUCGAAGGAGAAUGGAAUGAAUUGCUCAUCAUCCAAGACAAACUCAGCGAGACCCUCCUGUCAACUCAUCAACAUAUUAUUGAGACCACCUAUCAGAGGGCUUCAACGCUGAAGAAACCCUGCCUCAAACUCAUCUAUCAGCUCAAAGGAAUCAUCAAGAAGAGGGAAUCAGCGAGUACAUCAACAACAUCAGGCCAAGCCAAUCAACUCAAGAGAAUCGGACUGAAACCAUUCGAAGGAAAAUACUCAGAGUGGAAGCAGUUCAGCGACCUGUUCCAGUCACUGGUGGGAAAAGACGAUUCAAUUCCGCCAGUGCAAAAGCUAGUACGCCUCAAGGAGGCUCUCAAGGGACAGGCAGCAAAUCUCAUCGACACCUUCACGGUGACCGAUGAGAAUUAUGAGAAGGCCUGGCAGAAGCUAGUGAGGAAAUAUGAGGAUCCCAGACUCAUCGCUCAAGCACUGUUCAACAGGAUCCUCCACCUCCCGAAGAUCACCAAGGCAACUGCGGAGAACCUCAACGCCAAUGCAGCGACAGCCCUUGAGACGAGAGAUCAGCUGAUCACUAUGACAGGCUUGUCCAAGGAGAGCGUCAGUGAGCAGAUGAUCGUUCAUCUAUUGAGGAAGUCCCUGGAUGCUGAGACUCUCAGAGCAUGGGAAUUGAAGCUAGGAGAUUCCAAGGACUUCCCAACGCUGGAGGAGUUCACCAGCUUCGUUGAAUCCUGCGCAAGAGGAAUCAAUGCUGGAGCCAAGCUGACCACCGAGCCUCUAGCACCACCAGUCAAGAAGCAUGGAGCAACUCAACGUCAGAGAAAUGCUCACCUAGCAGUAACUCAACAGAGGGAGCCAGGAGAGCUCACCAGACUGCUCCCCAAGGAGCACUGUGCCUACUGCAAGGGACCACAUUUCAUCGCGAACUGUCAGAGGUUCGUCGACCUGUCCCCCAUCAAGAGGAAUGAGUUCGUGGUCAGCACAAGGCUCUGUUUCAACUGCUUGGGCCCACAUCUAUUCUCAAAGUGCAGGUCCACCAAGACGUGCUUCAGCUGCAAGCGCAGGCAUCACACACUCAUCCAUGGUGGAAGCACGUACACCAACGGCAGAGAUGCUGAGCAGGCAGCUCCAGUGAACCCAACAAGAGAAGAAAAUCCACAGACGGUCCAACCAGGAACGAGCUGGGCUGAGUCAUCCAGAGCAUCACCAACACGAAUCAUCACCAAUCAGGCGAUCAGUACCUCAACAUCACCUGUCAUCAAAGAGCAAAUCACCAAGCAGCCAAUCAUCGAGCAGAGCAGUCAUCAUUUAGCAGCUGAUCAGCAAUAUACACUUCUAGCAACAGCCCAAGUACGAGCACAAUCUCCAAAGGGCUUCCUUCUCAAAGCAAGAGCGCUCAUCGAUCAAGGCUCAGAGUUAUCAUUUAUCUCUGAGGAACUAGUACAUCAACUACAACUCUUACGAAGGUCAUCAAAAAUAGAGUUAAUCGGAAUAGGAGAGACAAACUCAGGUCACACGAGGGGAGCAGUAUCAGUACUGCUUCAAGCAGUUGAUGGAUCACAGCAAGUGCAAAUCAAUGCUCACAUACUCAAGAAACUCACCGUCAAGCUACCAUCAUUCUCGUGCUCACCAACAUGGAUCGACCCUCCACAAGGUCUUCAACUAGCCGAUCCAGAUUAUCUAAAACCUGGUCCAAUAGACAUCAUCAUAGGGGCUGACAGCUAUGGGCGGAUCAUCAAGAGCAGAGUCGUCAGGUCCAGAAACACUCAAUUAGUUGGCCAACAAACAAUAUUUGGUUGGAUACUAUCAGGUCCAAUCGAAUGCAGUGGUUGUUUACCGAGGGUUUCUCUAUCGGCCGUAAAGGAAUCUUCAAACGAGCAACUACAAGAGCUUCUUCAAAGAUUUUGGCACCAGGAGGAAUUACCAAAAAUUCCCAACUCAUCAGCAGAGCUAUCACCAGAUGAACUCGAGUGUGAGAAAUUCUUCAAGUCCACACACACCAGAGACGAAACUGGGCGCUACAUCGUAAGACUUCCUCUACGGACCUCACCAACAGCGCUCGGAGAGUCUAAAUUCAAGGCCUCACGUCAACUCCAGUCAGUUGCACGUCGUCUUCAGACAGACGAAUCAUAUUCCCAGCUCUACAGAGAAUUUAUCAACGAGUAUGAGGCACUGGGACACAUGCGCAAAGCACCAGAAGGAGCAGAACCCGUCACAGCAUACUAUCUACCGCAUCACGGAGUUCUGAGAGAGGACGCACUCACCACGCAGUUGAGAGUUGUCUUCAACGGCUCAAGUCCUAGCUCAUCAGGAUUAUCUCUCAAUGAUAUCCUCUAUCCGGGUGAGAAGCUACAAGUUAAUACCAUGAACGUAUUAACAUGGCUCAGAAAACACAAAAUUGUUUUCGGGACAGACAUUGUCAAGAUGUUCAGACAGAUUCGAGUGCAUCAAGACGAUUGGGAUCUCCAGAGAAUUCUGUGGAUCAACGAAAAUCAGCAGCAGAUCACCUACCAACUGACCACAGUCACCUACGGUCUCAAUUGUUCUCCAUGGCUAUCUCUACGAGUUCUCCAACAAUUAGCAGAGGAUGAAGGACAUCACUAUCCAGCAGCCGUCGAGGCACUCACCAAAGGUCGCUACGUCGACGAUAUCUGCGGCGGAGCUGAUACAGAAGAUCCCCUGAAAGAAAUCGCAUGGCAGUUACAAGGGCUCUGUCAAGCAAGCGGUUUCGCUCUACAAAAGUGGAGCGNAGGCGGUUUCGCUCUACAAAAGUGGAGCAGUAAUUGCCCACACGUUUUAGAGGAAUUGGGAAUCUCGACGAGCAAGGCAAUCAUCCAGUUCGAGGAGCCUAUCACCAAAGUGCUCGGAUUGUAUUGGCAUCAAUCGUCCGAUACAUUUCAAUUUAAAUCAAAGCAGUUCGAGUCAGCAACAAUCACCAAGAGAGUAGUAGCAUCAGAAAUCGCUCAACUGUUUGAUCCAUUGGGAUUCAUCGCUCCAGUAAUCACCCGAGGCAAGAUAAUCAUCCAAGAUCUAUGGAAACUCAAGCUCACUUGGGACACACCACUUCCAAAGGAGUAUGAAGAUCAAUGGAUAAGCUUCAGAAAGAACCUCAACCAACUGAAUCAAGUCUCAGUGCCAAG